UUGAUCUCUUCUGACCUGCUCGAUUAUGCUCGCCAAGUGCAAGUUCAUGCUGAGCUCAACAAGUGGGAGAAAACACUGAAGAAAAUUCAUGCCGUGCUGGAGGAUGCGGAGGAGAAGCAGAUGGAAAACCAAGUGGUGAAGAUAUGGCUCGACGACCUCAGAGACUUGGCUUAUGAUGUGGAGGACAUCCUGGACGAAUUGGCCACUGAAGCUUUGGGGCGGAAGUUGAUGGCGGAAACUCAACCCAGUACAAGUAAGUUCCGGAGCCUUAUCCCUUCUUGUUGUACUAGCUUCACUCCAAGUGCUAUUAAGUUCAAUGUUAAGAUGAGGUCCAAGAUAGAGAAGAUCACUGAAAGGUUGCAAGAUAUUUCUUCACAGCAAAAUAAUCUCCUUUUAACUGAAAAAGUUACCGGGAAAAGGUCCGCCAAAGCAACAGAAAUACUACCCACCACUUCUUUGGUAGAUGAAUCGCGUGUUUGUGGUAGGGAAACCGAUAAAGCAGCCAUACUCGACUUGUUGCUCCACGAUCAUGAGCCAAGUGAUGACGCAGUCCGUGUCAUUCCCAUAAUUGGCAUGGGAGGCGUGGGCAAAACUACUCUUGCUCAGCUUGCCUACAACGAUGACAAAGUGGAGAGUCAUUUUGAUCUAAGAGUUUGGGCUUGUGUCUCUGAUGAUUUUGAUGUCUUGAGGGUAACAAAGACAAUUGUUCAGUCUGUUGCUUCUGAUAUGUCCGAUUUCAACGAUCUCAACCUGCUUCAAGUCAAACUGAAAGAGAAACUCUCUGGAACAAAGUUUCUUCUUGUUUUAGACGAUGUUUGGAAUCAGAAUUGUGAUAAAUGGGAUACUUUGUACGCUCCAAUGAGGACUGGAGCACAAGGCAGCAGGGUUAUUGUCACAACUCGUAAUCAAGGGGUUGUAUCAGCCAUCGGAGCCAGCUCAGCCUAUCCCCUCAAGGAGUUAUCCAAUGAUGAGUGCUUGUCUUUGCUUGCCCAGCAAGCAUUAGGUACAAGAAACUUCCAUAAUCAUCCACACCUGAGAGUUGUUGGUGAAGAAAUAGUGAAAAAGUGCAAAGGGCUACCUUUGGCUGCAAAGGCCUUGGGAGGAAUGUUGCGCACAAAACUGAAUCGUGAUGCGUGGGAGGAUAUACUGAAAAGCAAGAUAUGGGACUUACCAGAUCAAGAGAAUAACACUAUUCUUCCAGCUCUCAAAUUGAGUUAUCAUCAUCUUCCUUCACAUUUGAAGUGCUGCUUUGCUUAUUGCUCUAUAUUUCCGAAGGACUACGAAUUCGAUGUGGAUGAAUUAGUCUUGCUGUGGAUGGGAGAGGGAUUCUUGCAUCAAGUAAAUAGACAGAAGCAAAUGGAGGAGAUAGGCACCGAAUUCUUUCAUGAAUUAUUUGCAAGGUCAUUUUUCCAACAAUCAAAUCAUAGUUCAUCACAAUUUGUGAUGCAUGAUCUUGUUCAUGAUCUUGCUCAAUUCGUUGCUGGAGGUGUAUGUUUUAAUUUGGAGGAAAAAAUUGAAAAUAAUCAGCAACAUACUAUUUGUGAAAGAGCUCGUCAUUCAGGUUUCACUCGGCAAGUUUACGAGGUUGUUGGAAAAUUUAAAGCCUUUGAUAAAGUGAAGAACCUACGCACGUUAAUAGUAUUAUCAAUCAUGAAGUAUCCAUUUGGAUAUAUAUCUAAGCAGGUGGUACAUGACCUAAUAAUGCCAAUGAGAUGCUUAAGGGUACUAUCUUUGGCUGGUUAUUGCAUGGGUGAAGUACCAAGUUCGAUUGGUGAGUUAAUACAUCUGCGUUAUCUCAAUUUUUCCGAAUCUAAUAUACAAAGUCUACCUAAUUCAGUGGGCCAUCUUUAUAAUUUACAAACGUUGAUAUUACGUGGUUGUCGUCAACUUACCAAAUUGCCUACAGGGAUUGGAAAGCUGAAAAACCUUCGGCACCUUGAUAUUACGGGUACAAGUCAACAACUAGAAAUGCCUUUCCAAUUAAGCAACCUCACAAAUUUGCAAGUGUUGACUAGGUUCAUUGUGAGCAAAAGUAGAGGGGUCGGAAUUGAAGAACUCAAGAAUUGUUCGAACCUCCAAGGAGUGCUUUCUAUUUCUGGGUUGCAAGAGGUAGUGGAUGUUGGAGAGGCAAGAGCUGCUAAUUUAAAAGAUAAAAAAAAAAUUGAAGAGUUGACGAUGCAGUGGAGUAAUGACUGUUGGGAUGCACGAAACGAUAAACGUGAAUUACGUGUCUUGGAGUCCUUGCAGCCUCGUGAAAAUUUAAGAAGGCUCACAAUUGCAUUUUAUGGUGGAUCCAAAUUUCCAAGUUGGUUAGGAGAUCCCUCAUUCUCAGUAACGGUGGAACUAACUCUCAAAAAUUGCAAAAAAUGCACGUUAUUACCAAAUCUGGGUGGGCUAUCGAUGCUCAAGGUUUUGUGUAUUGAAGGUAUGAGCGAAGUUAAAAGCAUAGGUGCUGAAUUUUAUGGAGAGAGUAUGAAUCCUUUUGCAUCUUUGAAGGAGUUGAGGUUUGAGGAUAUGCCAGAAUGGGAAAGUUGGUCUCAUUCUAAUCUCAUUAAGGAAGAUGUGGGAACAUUUCCCCAUCUUGAAAAGUUUUUGAUAAGGAAAUGUCCAAAACUGAUUGGGGAAUUACCGAAAUGCCUGCAGUCCCUAGUAGAGCUUGAAGUGUUAGAAUGUCCGGGAUUGAUGUGUGGGCUUCCAAAACUUGCAUCUCUCCGUGAAUUAAAUUUAAAAGAAUGUGAUGAGGCAGUGUUGGGAGGUGCUCAGUUUGAUCUUCCAUCCCUCGUUACUGUAAAUCUCAUCCAGAUUUCAAGAUUGGCAUGUUUGAGGACCGGAUUUACUAGAUCCUUGGUAGCCUUGCAAGAAUUGAAGAUACACGGUUGUGAUGGGCUGACAUGUUUGUGGGAGGAGCAAUGGCUGCCUUGCAAUCUUAAAAAAUUGGAAAUACGUGAUUGUGCUAAUCUGGAGAAGCUGUCGAAUGGAUUGCAAACUCUCACACGUCUUGAAGAGCUGGAGAUACGGAGUUGCCCCAAACUAGAGUCAUUUCCUGAUUCGGGUUUCCCACCAAUGCUAAGACGCCUUAAGUUGUUCUAUUGUGGGGGUCUAAAAUCGCUGCCUCAUAACUACAACUCAUGUCCGCUUGCAGUCUUGACGAUUUACGGUUCUCCAUUUCUCAAAUGCUUCCCAAAUGGUGAGCUACCCACCACACUCAAGAAGCUUUAUAUUUGGGAUUGUCAAAGUCUUGAGUCUCUACCAGAGGGGCUGAUGCACCACAAUUCGACCUCCAGCAGCAACACUUGUUGUCUUGAAGAUUUGUGGAUAAGGAAUUGUUCCUCUCUUAAUUCCUUUCCAACAGGGGAGUUACCCUCUACUCUCAAGAAACUUACUAUUGUUCGAUGCACAAACUUGGAGUCAGUGUCACAGAAAAUUGCACCCAACAGUACAGCCCUAGAGUAUUUACAACUUGAGUGGUAUCCAAAUCUGGAAAGCCUACAAGGAUGCCUUGACAGCCUUCGGCAGCUGAGAAUAAAUGUUUGUGGAGGUCUGGAGUGCUUUCCAGAAAGAGGCUUGUCCAUCCCUAACCUCGAAUUCCUUGAAAUUGAGGGAUGUGAGACUCUUAAAUCUCUAACACAUCAAAUGAGAAACCUCAAAUCUCUGCGCAGCUUGACCAUAUCCGAAUGCCCAGGAUUGAAGUCCUUUCCGGAAGAGGGUUUGGCCCCUAACCUAACAUCACUUGAGAUCGCUAACUGUAAGAAUCUGAAAACGCCCAUAUCUGAGUGGGGCCUCGACACCCUCACCUCUCUUUCUAAAUUGACUAUUAGGAACAUGUUUCCAAAUAUGGUUUCCUUCCCCGAUGAAGAGUGUCUUCUUCCCAUUUCUCUCACCUCCCUUAAAAUCAAAGGAAUGGAAUCCCUAGCCUCCUUGGCUCUCCACAACCUCAUCUCUCUUCGAUUCUUACAUAUCAUAAAUUGCCCUAACCUCCGAUCCUUAGGGCCGCUUCCUGCAACACUUGCAGAACUUGACAUAUAUGAUUGUCCUACCAUAGAAGAAAGAUACUUAAAGGAGGGAGGAGAAUAUUGGUCCAACGUCGCCCACAUUCCCCGCAUAUCUAAAGGUAGUUGA